GGUGCUCCUGAUGCCCCUCACCCACUGUCGAAGAUCCCCGGUGGGCGAGGGGGCGGCAGGGAUCCUUCUCUCUCAGCUCUAAUAUAUAAGGACGAGAAGCUCACUGUAACCCAGGACCUCCCUGUGAACGAUGGAAAACCUCACAUCGUCCACUUCCAGUAUGAGGUCACCGAGGUGAAGGUCUCUUCCUGGGAUGCAGUCCUGUCUAGCCAGAGCCUGUUUGUAGAAAUCCCAGAUGGAUUAUUAGCUGAUGGGAGCAAAGAAGGAUUAUUAGCACUGCUAGAGUUUGCUGAGGAGAAGAUGAAAGUGAACUACGUCUUCAUCUGCUUCAGGAAGGGCCGGGAAGACAGAGGCUCCCGAUUAGCCUAA